AUGUAUUGUAUUCGUCAUACGGCUCUCCCCGAGCGCCGCGCCGCCAAGCCCGACGAGGACGAGGACGAGGAGGAGAACGAGGACGAGGAGGAGAACGAGGACGAGGAGGAGAACGAGGACGAGGAGGAGAACGAGGACGAGGAGGAGAACGAGGACGAGGAUGACGGCUGCGACGAUAGGUCGGAGGACCGCCGCCGCAGCCGUCUCGGGCGGGGAACCAGGGCUCGCUGGGCGCCCUCGGCCCCGUCCUCGCCGUCGCUGCUGGUGCGGGCGGCGGGGCGAGCGGCGAGGUCGGGGUUGCUGCGGCGCGUCGAGCAGGAGGAGCUUGUCGAACAGGAGCAGGUUGACGACGGCGAGGAAGGGGCGCGGGUCCGGUGGCGGCGGUCUGAUUCGGGCCCGGGCCGGGGUCCGGGUCCGGGUUUGGAACGGGACCGGGACCGGGGCCGAGGACGGCGCUGGUGGGGUUGCGGCUCCGUUGGUCCGGGCGGGCCUGGGCGCUGUCGGACGUCUCCGCUUGAAUAG